UUUCACAAUGUACGUUUUCUCUGUGACACAGAGGAGGAGCCUGAUAAUCUGACCAGUAUUUAAAAAUGUGUUCGUGUCAUCUGAGACUGGAUAACUCAGUCACAACACAAACGAUGAUGGUGUUUUUUGCUGUUCUGCUCUCUGUUUUUAUGGGAAGUGUGGUCGGUGAUGAAUUCAAGCCUGUUGACUGUUCUGAGAUUUAUAAAAAAGGACAAACGGUCAGUGGCAUUUACUCCAUCUAUCCGGCAGGUGACAUUUCUGUCUGGGUGUACUGUGACAUGGUCUCAACUGGUGCAGAUGAUGAUAAAGGAGGAUGGACGGUGUUCCAGAGAAGAAUGGAUGGUAGUAUUAAUUUCUAUCGUCCAUGGAACGAGUACAAAAGAGGUUUUGGGGCCACUGAGGGCGAGUAUUGGCUAGGGUUGGAGAACAUGUACCAGCUAACACGUAACAGGAACUACAUGCUGAGAGUGGACAUGGAGGACUUUACAGGAAACAAAGUUUAUGCUCUGUACUCGUCUUUCUCUGUGGACUCUGAAGCAGAUGGGUAUCGACUGCAUGUUUCAGGGUUCAAAAAUGGAGGGGCAGGUGACUCUUUGACCUAUCACAAUGGACAGAUGUUCACCACUUUUGACAAAGAUCAAGACUCCUAUGGAAAAAACUGUGCCAGUGAAUAUCUUGGGGCAUUUUGGUACACAAGCUGUCACUAUACAAACCCCAAUGGUGUGUACAUAUGGGGAGAAGAUAACACUCAUUUUGCCAUUGGAGAUAGUUGGUAUCACUGGAAGAACAAUUAUAAUGGUUUGAAAUCGAUCAGUAUGAAGAUCAGAAGUGUGUCUUAGGUUGCUGUAGAAACAUCACAGAGUUUCACAGAGUCUCAAACAUCGUGUUAUAAUUCUAUGGCAAAUGUUCAUGUUUAAGGUUUUUGUUCUCUCAACUCUGUAACUGAGUAAAUCAGUAAUUGUUUUUCUUUGGUUUGGUCAUUUAUUUUAGUAUUAAAAUGAAUCAACUCUUUCCAAAAUCUUCAAUAAACUCAUGCAUUGAAUCCA